AUGUGUCAACGGCUGGAACAGGCAAUUGCAUCGUUUACUACAGCUCAAUCGGAACAACCAGGGUGUAAAAUCAGUAGUGGGGAUACAUUGGCAACUGGCUAUGGAGCCCACAAAUUCCCUCAACUUCCCUUCCCCAACUACGGAUCUCACCGCUUAUGCAGACGAAGCACCAAGGCCAUGGCGGCACGAGACGCUUCGCCUCCAAGGGAACUCCCCCAUGCGGAACCCGAAGAGAUUUAUAACGAGAAAGUACGCUUGGAAGAGGAGAUGUUUUCCUGGUACAACCCAGAUAAGUGGUACCCAGUGAAAAUUGGCCAAGUCUUUGAGUCACGAUAUCAGGUGCUUCUGAAGCUUGGGUUUGGUUCUGCAUCAACUUCAUGGCUAUGCCGUGACCUAGAGGUGCAUGACUAUGUGACAAUAAAAAUAUUUGAAUCCGGCAAUCGACAGGCACCAACUGAAGAACAAGUCCUUCGCUUCUUGGAGACUUUAGACUCCGAUCAUCCAGGCAAGAGACUAGUGAGGCAAAUCAAAGGCUCAUUUAAGUUACCUGGAAAGACUGGGGCUCACGUAUGCCUUGUUCUUGACACACUCGGUAUAUCCUUAGCCGACAUCCGAGAAAUGGCUGGCGGAAAGGUACCGGCAAACCUACUCAAGGGCCUGAUAAAUGGCUUGCUUCUUGGUUUAGACUAUUUGCACUCAGUUGCCCACGUCAUUCACACAGACAUUCAGGACGGAAACAUCAUGCUGUCGAUUAAAGACCGCCGUAUACUGGAUGAGCUUGUGGAAGAUGAGUGGGACCUCCCCAGUGCUAGAAAGAUUCUUGCAGAUAGGAUAAUCUAUGCAUCGACUGGACUCGAAAUACCAGAUGCGCCCGGGAACCCAGUCAUAGCCGACUUUGGCGAUGCUCGAAUCGAUGAAGGGCCAUUUCCUUUCGAGGGCGAUGCCAUGCCGGACUUGUAUCGCGCACCUGAGAUAAUCCUCGGGGUUACGUGGGACGAGAAGAUCGACAUCUGGGCACUAGGACUGUUGGUAUGGGAUUUAUUUGAAGGCAAACUUCUCUUUACGACAAGGUUACGCGAUCAAAAGGCAUCGAAAGCAGUACAUUUUGCAAGGAUGGUCUCUUUGUUAGGGCCACCGCCUGAAGACCUUCUGGAGCGAGGCUCAUCAUGGAAAGACUUCUUUGACGAGAAUGGACAACUAGUCCUUGAUGUCGAAGUGCCGGAAACCUCUUUUGAAGAUGAGGAAGAGAAUCUUGAAGGGGAUGAAAAGGCUGAGUUUCUAUCGUUUGUGAGGAAGCUUCUGCAGUGGAGACCCGAGGAUAGACCAUCUGCGCAGGAAGUAAUGGAAGACCCAUGGCUACGUGGACAUUCCUCGGACAAUUAA